CCCCAACACCAAAAUUAUAAUAAUAUUAUAAAUAACUGGAGGGGAAAUAGCUAUCUGAUAAUCUGAUAAUAAUUUCCUUCACAAGUGUAUUCUAUGAAGCUUUAUUUUGUAACCAGAAAAAUCUGUUGAUCUGUAAUGUGUAGCUCGUGCUUACAGUGUAGUAGUAGUAGUAGUAUUCUGAGUAACAUGGAGAGGCUAUUGCUCACAAAUACCAUUAAUGUCAUGCUAAUUUUAAAGCAUUUUAAAAUAAUAGAUAUGUAAUAGAUAUCUACCCAUUCUGAUAACAGUACUAAAAUCAGACCUAGUUCAACAGUGCUACUUUUCAAUGCUUUAUAAAUAAAUAAAAACAACCAUCAAAAACAUACUGAUAUUAACUUGAGUGAUGGGGAAAGGGACAUCACUCCACUCUUCAUAUAUGACAGAUUCUCUUAGUGGUAUUAAAGCUGCAUACAUGCAUCACUGGAACAAAAUACAGACAUCCAGAGAUGAACACAUUAAGCCUUACAUUUGCUCACAAUCCUCAAACACAUAUUUCUAUGAUCCUUUUUUUUUUUUUUCAGCAAAAAGGGGUUUGAUAUUUUUAUGCUGCAGUGGUUGAGCAGUAGUGAUAAUUAGCAUGGAAUUAGAUUGAAAAAGAUAAGGAGAGUUGUAUGUGUUUGUGAACUUUGCUUUUGGACUACUCUCAAACAGAAUUUUUUUUUUUUUUUUAAAGAUGAACACUUUUUUUUUUUUUUUAAAGAAGAAAUAGGACAGCAGUAAAGCACCUACUAUAACAGAAAACACUCAAACCAGGUGCACUCAAAACGGAGCGCACUUAACUGGGUCAAUUGACACAAAGCACACUCAUACAUAUUCAGAUUUUUUUUUAAACAGUGAAGCUAUUAAAACUACAAGGAAGGAGGGAUGUAUUCAAAUGACAGUUAAUUUACUGAGAUUUUGAAUAAACUGAAAGUGGUUAACUAUCCACUGAUAAAGAUUUGACCUCUAGAUAUAACAUUUGUGAGAUCUUACCUGCAGAAAAGAACUAGAACAUGAUCAAUAUGCUAACUGUCUCAAAACGAGGGACAUUUUCACACUUGUCCUUCCGACAUAUAGCUUUACACAGGUGCACGUUCCCUACAGAGAAUUAUAGGUGUUGCUUGAAUUCAAAUGACAGUCAGAUUUAUCUUAUGAGACAUUAUUACAAGCUGGACCUUAAGAGAAAUGUUCUGAACUGCCAACACUUUAGCUACACUACCCAACUUCGAGACUUCACUUGAAGGUCAGUGCUGCAUCAACAGAAGAAAGCUGUUGCAAAAGCUUACAAGGAAAGUUAUCUCUUGUAGACUGUAGACCUUAGGCACACAGGCAUGGGUGGUUCACAGGAGUGUUUUUACAGUGGGAGGUUACAUACAGGUGGUUAUCUGUAUGCAUGAAACAUCACUAAAACCAUCUAUGUUUUCCUAAGUGUAGUGCCUGCCUACAUUUUUUUAAACUUCUAUUCUAAAUAUAUAAAUGGGAGAAAGGUUUAUAAUCUAACAACUUGGUCUCAGGGUCGUACAAACAUUAUAUGACUGAGAUGCUAUGAUUUUUUAUUAAUGUUUUUAACUGAAAAUUUCAUACAGAAGACAAAGGCAAGUGUAGCCCUAUUUAGUGAAAAUGUAGGUUGGCCUUAAUAUUGAACUUUAAGAAUUAAUGGAGGUGGAGGUGAGGAGGACAAUAGACAAGAUGAAUUAAAUAAUUUGUAUGCAUUCCAUAUAGGACAGGAAAUGCUGUGGAAUUAGAUCUAGAUGCCCAUUUGAUCACUAUGGAUGCUGUGGAUAUCCAUGGCAUGGCAUGUAAGUUAGAGCGCUAGAACCAACAAAAUUGGUGUUUGAUGGGAAGGUGCCAUGUUUAUAUUUUGGUAUUUUGAUAACUGUGGAAAGGUUAGAUUAUUACUCCAGGGAACUCAUUUGUUAAUUUAGCAAUUCCUCCACCAAGCACAAACUGUGUAUGCUGGAAAUGUGAAUGAGAAAGAGGAGGGGCAAGUGAUUAUGAGACAGAGAUGCUUUCCAAAGCUGCUUUCUGAAGCAGAAUGUGGAGGGGAAAGGGACAACGAGAAACAGGGCCAGAAAGACAGCUGGACUGAGGGUUGGAUAUUGAUGGUAAUGUAAGUAAUAAUCACAAUGGAAGCAGGAAGCAUGGAUACUCUCAACGUCCCACAGGAUAAGAUUGUAAAAAAGGGAUCAAUUAAAAACAAGGUUGAGAAACUGAGGAGAUGGAGCACCGCCCCAGGUGGGAGCUUCCAACACCCAUCCAAAAUGAAGACCCUCAGCUUGAGGUCACCUACAGAGGCAGAAGAAGACCUACGUAAUGACGAGACUGAGCGGAGGAAACUCAGACCUAUGGUGGCGUCUGUUUUUGGUCAGGACAGAGAUCUAAGGCCAGAAGAAAUUGAAGAGCUGAAGGAAGCCUUCAAGGAGUUUGACAGGGAUAAGGACGGCUUCAUCACCUGUAAAGAUUUGGGCGAGUGCAUGAGGACAAUGGGAUACAUGCCUACAGAGAUGGAGCUGAUUGAGCUCAGUCAGCAAAUAUGUGGAGGCCGAGUGGACUUUGAUGACUUUGUGGAACUAAUGGGGCCUAAAAUGUUGGCUGAGACAGCAGAUAUGAUUGGAGUGAAGGAACUGAGAGAUGCUUUUAGAGAGUUUGACUCUAAUGGUGAUGGUCAGAUUAGUCUGGCAGAGUUGAGGGAGGCCAUGAAGAAGCUGAUGGGUCAACAGCUGAACCAAAGAGAGAUUGAUGAGAUCCUCAGAGACGUGGACCUGAAUGGAGAUGGCUUGGUCGAUUUUGAGGAGUUUGUGCGGAUGAUGUCUCGCUAAACCCACAAGUAAACAACAAAGACCAAUAAAUCUGUUAAAUCCUGCUAUGAAGAGAGAAAUAUUGCCCGUCUAAAAGAAAAUAACCUAAUGUAGUAUAUCUCAUAAUGCUCUGAUCUUCUGUUUUUGUUUGAUGUUUAAUAUAAUGAAACUGAAAGAUUCCAUAUAAAAUCUCAAAGUUAAGAAUCAGCCGUGAUCAUGUAUAAUAUUAAAUGGUUAUAAACACACAAUUCUCUGGCAGUGAAAAAGAACGUAGGAAACUGGCUCACAUCACACAUUUCACCUUUAUAUUAUAUUAUAAUAUAUUUAUUAAUAUAGUGACUGUAAAUAUUAUUAUGGAGUUGUUGUUUUUUUGUUUAAUUUAACUAGCCCUACAUAUUUAUAUACAUUAUACAGUAUAUUUGGGCUUUAAAUGACACAAAAUAUACCGCAUAUGUGGAUCAUUUAACUUUCAUAUGUAAACAUUUCCAGUUACAAAAGUGUUCAUUUUUUCAAAUCCAAUCAUCAUUUGUUACAGGAUCUGAUAUCCGAUAUAUAUUCUCUAAUAUCCGAUCCACAGUUUUUUGCUGGUUUUUGUUUUUUGUUUAGUUUUUUUGUCUGGUACCAACAUUGGUAUCAGAUCGGUGUCCUCUCUAACUCUGUUCUCUUCUAUUCUAUUUGUUGUUGUUGUUGUUUAUUUUAUUUGAUUGUCAUUCAUAAUAUAAGUUAUCAGAUUUGUAACUGUAGAUAUACAUAAUAAGAUGAAAAUAUCAUUAUUUUCUAUGUGCAUAUGACUGUG